AUGGCCCAGCCGACAGCACACGCUCUCGUCGACACCAUCAAAAACGGCCACUUCUUCGACAUCGACGAGUCGUCACUUCUUUCCCAAGUCCAGGUCACCUUCGCGAGUGAGCUUGAACGGCUAAAGCACGCUGCUGCUUCGGAACGGCCAACCAGUCACGUGCGAGCACAGGCGCCUAGUCCGUCAAUGAUACUGUACAACCACGAGUAUGACGAAAUUAACCGAACUGUUACCGGCAUCUUAUGUUUGCGCUGGAUCUAUAACGGCGAUUAUGACCAUUUUACCAGGAAUCAGCCAGAUGCGAGGCGCCUGACCGAAGAUUCGUUCGCUUGGCUUCGAGACUAUUUUCGGCAGAACUUGGGUAGUACUCAGGAUGUUCUGCUGUUGGUCAUCUCCAUGGUAAUCAAUGACCUUGGUAAGGACCCAAAUCUUGAGCAACAGGUCAAGCGGCACUUUGAGGCAGGUGGGAGGAGCCUGCCCGAUCAAAACCAUGAUUCAAUACUCUAUGAAGCGGCCAGUAUAGGCAUCAUCGACUGCUUGAGCUUGCUAGACGAGAGUCAGAUGGUCGAGCUGAAGUUAGGUCUGGCUCUUGGCGCGGAACUGAAUGCUGGACAGCUCGCCCAAGCCGAAAGUGUUCCAAUCAAUCUCGAAUUCCUGCAGGAGAUGCAAGGGCAAGAGCACGCCUUUGAACUGAAAUUUAUGGAACAGAUGCUCGAUGUUGCGGGUGCUCUUGGCCACGUUAAUUCGGAUGGAGCUAUGAACCUGAUCCAACCUGUCUUCGAGACAUUUCAAACCGUCCACGAUGUAUCGGUCAAGAUUAUUCGCGAGGACAUGCCUUUGAGAGAAGCAUACGACCGAGUGUUGAGAAAGCGAAACAAGCUCCUGGUUAAUGUCGGCUUUCGGCGCCUGAGCGUUACCCGAGACGAGGAUAGAGCGCUACUGCGACUACUCACCAUGGGCAGAACCGUUGACAAAGAGCAAGCAGAUCUCUUUGCCGAGGCAUUCAACCAACUCGAAAGUACAAGCCGCGACUUCCUCAUCAAGGGACUAAACAUCGACGGCAACGUGAACGAGCGAGCCGUGCUGCCCUACUACAUGCCCGCGGUCUUCGCGGACACUCUCCAAAAGACCAAAGGCUGCACCAAGGACGACCGACGCAAGGCGUUGACAAGCCUCAUGAGAUAUCUGGCCAAAGUCUUCGAGCAGUCACCCAAAUUCGAAGUCAACGGGGAGACACGAGAAGACGUGUCCACACCCGUGCCAGGAAUCGUCAUCGAGCACAACAUGAUGAAAGUCCGCGAGGUCAUCAACAGUGACGGCUUCCCAGAGAACCCAGAUCGACUGGACGACCUAGACAUUCCGCCCGCGCAGCAGCUGCUGCGGCGGAGGACGAGUCACUCGUUGGCGUCGGGCGAAAAUGAAUAUUUCCCCAAGCCGAUAUCGAGGACGGGCACGAAUCUGUCGGCACCGCCUGCGCCCAUCAACGAGGCAGGAGAACUCACCCAUUUCAACUGGCCGCGGGGAACCAUGUGA